AAAUNCACAGAUGAUCAGAUCUCUGAAUUCAAAGAAGCUUUCAGCCUUUUCGAUAAGGAUGGAGAUGGUUGCAUCACCACUAAGGAGCUUGGGACAGUGAUGCGGUCGUUGGGACAAAAUCCAACUAAGGUUGAGCUUCAAGACAUGAUCAAUGAAGUAGAUGCUGAUGGAAAUGGAACCAUUGAUUUCUCGAAGUUCCUUAACCUGAUGGCUCGCAAGAUGAAAGACACUGAUUCUGAGGAGGAGCUCAAGGAAGCUUUCAGAGUGUUCGACAAGGAUCAGAACGGAUUUAUUUCUGCAGCUGAGCUGCGCCAUGUCAUGACAAACCUAGGCGAGAAGCUUACUGAUGAAGAAGUUUAUGAGAUGAUUAGUGAAGCUGAUGUGGAUGGUGAUGGCCAGAUCAACUAUGAGGAGUUCGUCAAAGUCAUGAUGGUCAG